AUUCCCAGACUUCUGGGAGUGUGCAAAAAAAGCCAAAGCCAAAACGGAAAAUUUUGAGAACUACAAAGAGAAAGUACUCGAUUUUAUGCCCAAUCAAUCAUGGUUUGCUUUGAUUAUUGAGUACUUUGUCUCAAUUACGAGCCCAAGAGGUUGAUGGCCCACUGAUCAAUGUAUUUCCUUGUUGAUGAUAUCUUAUCUAUCAUCAGCAAGCCUAACCAUGUCACGUGGUGAAUUCGGUCGGGGUGAUGGCAGAGACUAUGGUGCGUUCGGAGAUGGUAGGAGCGACCUACAUGGACAAGGGCAAAGCAGCCAUAGAGCAGGAUACCAGAGAGAAGGCAAUGCUAGAGAGGAGUUCCAAAAUCUAAGUGAUUCUGUUAGUAGCAGUAUAUUCCAGAUUAAUAAUAACACAUCUGCUUUGGAAAGGAUACUCAGGCAAAUCACUUCAGGAAAGGAUAAAGUUUCUGCUGAAAAAAUACACCGUAUCCAGCAAGGCACCAACAAGCUUGCCAGUGAAACCACUCACUUGCUCAAACAGAUGAGUACCAUGUGUGGUGGAACUUCCCCUUCUAGUCGACAACAAAGAAUUCAACAUGAAAGGCUAAAAGAGGAGUUCAGAGACUCGAUAUCAAGAUAUUACUCUGUCCAGAAUAAAGUCGCUGAGCAAGAGAAAUUAAUUGUUCGCUCAACAAGGGAACCUGGUUACUCACAGUUGGAUGAUGAUUUUGGCACUGAAAAGUCGAGCUUGAUUGAAGAGGAUAGUAGUAGGGCCAGUCAAGAACAACUCUCAGAGCAAAUAACAAUAGAUGAGGGACUUAUUUACGAAAGAGAAGAAAGAAUUCGAGAGAUCGAGGGUGAUAUUCUGGAUAUAAAUGAGAUAUUCCGUGACCUGGCCACCAUGGUGUAUGAGCAAGGAGAAACAAUUGACUCUAUUGAGGGUAAUAUUGAACAAGCCUACAAUAACGUGGGAAGCGCUAAUAUCCAGCUACAAAAAGCCAGCAAACUGCAGAAAGCUGCACGCAAGAAGAUGUGCCUAUUACUUUUGGUUCUUGUGAUCAUAGGUGGCAUAAUUGCAUUGAUUGUUGUACUGACAAAAAAGUAGAUAGGCACAAAGCACACACUUCAAUAUAAUCUGCACUAGCCAUGCUACAUAUGAACCCCGCCACACUUUACAGGGACGGAUCUAGGGGUGGGCCGAGCUUACCCCCCUUUUUUCAGAUAUUUGGCUUAGAAAUGUAAGCAAAUCCAUGGAAGAACAAUGAAUCUCCCCGCUUCAUGAAACCUUUGCUUCUGUUCUUUUUUUUUUUUUUAACUCCUGGACCCGCCCCUGCUUUAUACUUCCUUCUCCCACUCCUAACCCCUAAUGUAGCUGAAAGUUACUAACAGUCUGUAAGAACAGACUGUGAAAUUUGCACUUGAUCCUCUGAGCUAAAAUAAUUAUAACGAUGAUAUGAUAGGAGGAAAAUCCAUGCUUAUACUAUGAUAAUAUGUGUGAUAUAGAAGCAUGCAACCCUCAGAAUGUGUAACUCUUGCAUCAUGAUAUUUUCAUUAUUCAAGCAUCAUAGAUAAAAUAGAAUAUUCAAAUGCCAAAUAAAUACAUACCUAGUAGAUAAGGGCUUAGCCAGUCCCGAAAAAAUAGGGUCACAAGGAAGUUAAUUGUGGUUCAUUAUGAUUCCUUUCCCAUCUUUUUCCCGAGAAUGGGUGGUUUCCUCAUGGAGAGGAUCCCCCUAGCUAGGCAACCACGCUAGGCGAAAAUGGGUAUCUACUGAUAGAUCUUGUAUCAGAUAAUUAUUGCAUUCUGAAACACAUGCGUCAAAUUCAGGUUAGUUUAGACAUUCUGUUUAUUUCCAGAAAUAAUUAUUCUUUACAUUACAUUAUCAUUUAUAAAAGUAUUUCAAAAGCUAUAUAGAUAGAAUUAGUCUCGUUACACCUCUUAUAGUGCUACUUAUCAAUUGGAAGCAGUAAAAGUUUUUUUAAUUAUACAAUGAUUUGUUGGAUUUGUUACAAUUGUCGUAAUCCAAGAUCUUUGGAAUUCAUGCGUAUCUAAGGGAAUAAAACAUAGUAUUGUCGUACCCAAACGGGCAAAA